AUGUCUACUGAAGCACCCACCACCAUGGAAACUGAAACAGCGGCAUCGGAGCCUAAACUCGAAUCCAAUUCACUGCCCCCAAAGCCGAAAUUUGAGCCUCUGAAGGCUCAUGAGAUGUCGGACGGCCGAGUCCAGUUCCGGAAGGUAUCGGUUCCACCUCAUAGGUAUUCACCUCUGAAGAAAUACUGGAUGGAUAUCUAUACACCUAUUUAUGAACAGAUGAAGAUCGACAUCCAAAUGAACCUCAAAGCUCGUAAGGUUGAAUUGAAAACUAGAUUAGAUACACCUGAUAUUAGUACUUUGUCCAAGCUUUCAUGUUGGGUUUCGAUGUUGCGGAUGUUGUUGCGCUUUCCAGGGCCGGAGUCAGGCGUGGAGUACGACCGCUUAGAACCCAAUGAAAAAAAGGAAGCGAGAGCAGGAGUUAAAGAGUCACAAAAAGGUGCUCUUGAUAAAUUUGUGUCUAAAAAUGCUGAUUCUCAUGAAACUUUGAAUCAAUCAACUGAAAAUUUACAUAUUGAAAAUCUUGGAAAUUCUGAAAAUGUGAAUGAUGAAGUGAAUGAUCCAAUUGAUGAAAAUGUUGAAAAUUUAGGCAUUGGUGAAGAAACACUUCCUCAUUUGAAUAUAUACGAUCCUAUAAAUUAG